AUGUCGAACUCAAACCGCGCCCUCUACGUCAAUGACGAUGGGGAAUUCUCCGUACGAGACGACAUUCCCCCGCACAAUAUCCAGCCGAAUGAACUGUUGAUCGAGACUCAUUACUCUGGAGUCAACCCAGCAGACGUUAAACAUUCGGCUCAUCUUGGUAUCCAGCCAACCGUCAUCGGAUACGACUUUUCGGGCCGUGUUCUUUCGGCUCCUCCUUCCUCCAAGUUCAGUCCAGGAGAUAUCGUCGCAGGCUAUACACCAUCGGGGUUGGGACGUCCGACCCGAUAUGGCGCUCACCAAGAUGUCCUGGCGGUGCCUGAGGAUAUGGCGUUCAAAGUUCCGCCGCAUCUCCCAGAAGCCGACGCAGCGGCGCUUACAGUGGUCGCCAUGACUGCUGCAGACGUUGUGCACAAUCUGUUCAAAUUUCCCCUGCCCACCAGCCCCGGAAGCUUUUCCGCCCCUCUUCUCAUCUGGGGCGCUUCCUCGUCCGUGGGCAUUUGUGCCGUGCAACUCGCGCGGGCAAGCGGCUGCACAAACAUAUUGGUUACUGCUUCCCCGUCUCGUCACGCUCUUCUCAGAAGCUUUGGUGCAAGUCAUGCUUUCGACUACUCCUCUCCAAGUGUCGUAGCCGACAUUCAGUCUGUCGUGGAAACGCUCGGUCAAGGACCUAUCACCCAUGCAUUCGACGCGGUUGGCUCGCUGGGCGAUCCGUCCUCCGCCGAUAUGGUUGCCCAAUGCGUUGAUAGUUCGGCCGUACUCGUUUCUGUGGUGUUGCGGGAUGAUCGGAGAUUCCGAAUGCCCCUGGCCACAACCAACAACCCCUUUUCGAUCCAGCCACCCGGUGUGCCACAGCCGAUCAGCAUCCCUGCCAGACCGGCAGAUCAUUGGAACGCUUGGAAGGCUCUUAAUUGGGCGGUGGAUAACUAUGGCAAGGCGUUCAAGCUUCCAGCGGUGGAGACCCUCGAAGUCAAAGCGGAAGAAGCGUUGGAAGAGAUAUACAAGGUGGCGGAUGGAAAGAGAGGCUUUGGGAAGAUUGUGUUUCAGCACCCUUUCAAAUGA